GACUCGUUCCAACAGCCUCUUAAAACAUGGUGGAUUACUAUGAAGUUCUAGGCGUGCAGAGACAUGCCUCAGCUGAGGAUAUUAAAAAGGCAUAUCGGAAACUGGCACUGAAGUGGCAUCCAGAUAAAAAUCCUGAGAAUAAAGAAGAAGCGGAGAGGAAAUUUAAACAAGUAGCUGAGGCGUAUGAGGUGUUAUCAGAUGCUAAAAAACGGGACAUCUAUGACAGAUAUGGCAAAGAAGGAUUAAAUGGUGGAGGUGGAGGUGGAAGUCACUUUGACAGCCCAUUUGAGUUUGGCUUCACAUUCCGUAAUCCAGAUGAGGUCUUCAGGGAAUUUUUUGGUGGAAGGGACCCGUUUUCAUUCGACUUCUUCGAAGACCCAUUUGAGGACUUUUUUGGUAGUAGAAGGGGCCCCCGAGGAAGCAGGAACCGAGGCACAGGAUCAUUUUUCUCUGCCUUCAGUGGAUUUCCAUCUUUUGGAGGAGGAUUUUCUUCUUUUGAUACAGGAUUUACUUCCUUUAGUUCCCUAGGUCAUGGGGGCCUCACUUCCUUCUCUUCCACGGCGUUUGGUGGUAGUGGGAUGGGCAACUUCAAAUCCAUAUCAACUUCUACUAAAACAGUUAAUGGCAGGAAAAUCACUACAAAGAGAAUUGUCGAGAAUGGUCAAGAAAGAGUAGAAGUUGAAGAAGACGGCCAGUUAAAGUCUCUAACGAUAAAUGGUGUGGCGGACGAGGACGCCUUCGAGGAAGAGUGCAGGCGAAGAGGCCAGAACGCGCUGCCCUCCCAGCCCGCCAGCACCAGUGCCCGCUCACUGAGGUCGCACAGGCCUGCCUCUCUACCCAAACACACGUCUCACUGUAUUUUUGAGGAUGAGGACGAGCAAGGCAGACAUCAGGCCACCAGCAGCUGGGAUCCCUCCGUGUUCUCAGCAGGAUUCAAAGAAGGUGGCAAGAGGAAGAAGCAGAAGCAGAGAGAGGAGUCGAAGAAGAAGAAGUCGACCAAAGGGCACCACUAGACUGGACCUGGCAGGCACGCUGGCACCGCCGAACGCUGGCGCCUGGGCCACGCUGUGGUUGUGCGCAUGCGUUAGGUAGCGGCCUCUGCUUCGCCUCUGUCCCAAGACCACAGCGGCUCAGCACCGGGGACGCUGAUCCUGGGUCAGUCAGAUUAGGGGGGGCGGGAGACAACAGGAGUGACGACCGUGGGUGACGAUGGCAGAAGUGGGGAAGCCGCCUAGACCGUCUCUGCUUCUCCCCGGCAUUAAAUCCAAUAGCCUUUCCUCUCGAGUGGUCCGCAGUCAGCUCCUCCUUUUAGCUGUCCAGCCCCUCUGCAGACGACUGAGAUGCUGAUAGCUUUAGAGGUCUGAGGAGGUCAGACCAAUAACCGAGUGCAUAUUCAUGAACAACUUUCUUUCCUCGUGGCAGUAGAGUGUUUGAAACUAGACUGUAGUUAAGUAUGAGGUGACUUCAAUGACAUGCUGAAUCGUGACCGUCAGGGGUACCUUUCCUUAAGUCCAGGGAGCCAGGCCUUCCAAGAGCUCUUCAGAGCCACCUGGCCACUUACCUGGCAGCCCACUUGUGAAGCACUUCAGAUGUAAAGUCUUUCCUUAUAUUGUUUUAAUUUUAAUCCUCUCCAAGCAGUCCAAAUUCUGCUUCAAAUAUUGUUUAGUUUUUGCUAAAUCCCAUCUUUUUUUCUGGAAUCCAUAGUUGUCCUUUUUAACACAUACACAGGAUUCUACAAAGUUUUGUUCAGCAAUACCAUUUCUGGCUCUUAGUUUGGGGUCAUGCUGGGAAAAAAACACACACAUGCAGCACACACACAGAUGAUCAGAUAUUGAGAAGUACACUGAACUAAAUAUUUCAGUUGAUAAACAGUUGAUAAGCCUUUUGAAAAAGCACUUGAUUCCAGCAAGCUCCUCCCCAGUGUCUUGCAGUACCUCUUGCAGUACCUCUUGCAUGGUGGCUUGCUCUCCUCCUUGGUUUUCACGAGCACUGAUGGUCCUGGUGUGCCUGACUGCGUCCUUGCAUGCCUGUCAUGCCUGCUCCCCUCUAACAGGACCGCCGCUCCUGUCGCCUUUCCCUGUGCUCUCUGGGAAGGAGGGCAUUGUGAAAAGCUGCCAUGUGAUUUGAAAAUGCCAGCAACUUGAAUCUAGCAGUGGAGAAACCUGGGAAGUUUUGGGCACAAUCCUAGUUUCAGUGCCAUGGGCUUGGAAGCCAGAAGUGAGUGUAUAAUCUUUGUGAGUUUAAGAUGACUGUUACAGAGGAGUUUGCUUUGUUUAUUUGGUUUUGGUGGGGAGGUGGUGCGGACUGUUUGGCGAAGAGUGGACUGCUGUUUAAUGCUUGUUGUGGAAAAUGUAACCAUCGAAGCAGAACGUGUUUUAAGUGCUCCCGACGUAAAUAAAAUGUAAACGUAA